AUGUACCAUGCAUUUGACUUCACUAGGCAUCGUUGGAGGUGUUUGAAUGCAUAUCUCGCUCUUACAAUGCCUCAUGGUGGCCUACCGACGUAUCGAGCCAGUGCCGCUAUUCUCCCAGACAGACCAACGAGCAUCAUCCAUUGUGUUAGAGUGUCUGGUAGAAAUGGUGCGGUUUUGAUGGCAAAGAUCAACGUUGAUCAAGCUGGCGAACUAGCAAUGGAUUAUGGUGUGACAGCAGUACCAACUGUGAUGUCGUUCAAGAACGGGGAGCGUAUAGGGAUGUUCACUGGAGUCAUAAGUGAUGAUGAGAUUGACGAUUUUCUCGACGACGCAGUCAAUCACUAA